CGGACCCGACCCGACCGGAGCCGGCCCAGCACGGCCGCUGCCGCAGCGGAGCCCCGGGGCCGAUGCGGAGCCCCGGGACAGAGCCCGCAGCCCCGGGGCCGGACUCGAGGCGGCAGCACCGCGACGCGAGCGAGCAGCGGGCGACGCCCGCGGGCUGCCCCGCCGCCUCUCGGCCGUUGCACCGGAGCCGCGCCCGAGCCCGCGGCAGCGCCCAUCGAUCACUGACCGCGGCGCGGCGGGCAGGGCCAAAGUCAGCCACCGCGCCCGCGGCUCUCCCGGCCCCGCGCCCGCUCCCGUCCCGCUCCUGCGCCCGCUGCCCGCGCCCGAGGAUGUGGCUGUACCUGCCGGUGGUGCUGGCGGGGCUGUACCUGCUGCGGCGCUGGCACCGAGAGCGGCAGACGGUGCCGAGGCUCUCGGAGAAGUACGUGCUGAUCACGGGCUGCGACAGCGGCUUCGGGAACCUGCUGGCGCGGCAGCUGGACGCGCGGGGCCUGCGGGUGCUGGCCGCCUGCUUGACCAAAACAGGGGCCGCGCAGCUGCAGGCGGCCACCUCGUCGCGGCUGCAGACCGUCCUCCUGGACGUCACCUCCAGCCAGAGCGUCGCCGCCGCCGCCGCCUGGGUCCAGGAGCGCGUGGGCAACCAAGGUCUCUGGGGGCUGGUGAACAACGCGGGGAUCACCAUCCCCACCGCCCCGAAUGAGUGGUUGACCAGGGAUGACUUCGUCAAGGUGCUGGACGUCAACCUGGUUGGCCUCAUCAACGUGACGUUGAGCCUCCUGCCCCUGUUGCGGCGGGCGCAGGGCCGGGUGGUCAACGUGUCCAGCGUGAUGGGCCGCGUCUCCUUUUUUGGUGGGGGGUACUGCAUCUCCAAGUACGGCGUGGAGGCCUUCUCUGACAGUCUCAGGCUUGAGAUGCGCAGCUUCGGGGUGAAGGUCUGCAUGAUCGAGCCGGGCUACUUCAAGACGGCAAUCACCAACGCUGAGAGCCUGGAGAAUAAUUUUCUUUCCGUUUGGGAGAAGCUCCCAAAGGAAACUAAAGCAAGUUACGGGGAGAAUUACCUGAAGGCGUUUUUGGUAUCACUCAAGAAGAUGCUAAAUAAGUGCAGCUCCAACCUGACGCUGGUCACAGACUGCAUGGAGCACGCGCUGACCAGCCGCUUCCCACGCACCCGCUACUCUGCAGGCUGGGACGCCAAGCUGAUCUACAUCCCCCUCAGCUACCUGCCGUCAGCCCUCACGGACAUCAUAUUCACCUGGUUGUACCCCAAACCUGCCGGGAAAGCCUAAGGCAGGGACGGGGCCGUAGGCAGCCGAGAAGCAGCAGCAGCCAAGGCCCGGCAGCGCAGGGUGGGAUCCAGCAUCACCCGCAGCCGAGGCUGUGCCGAUUCCUAACCAAUGUAUGUCUCACAACCUGCUGUCCUCUGCUAACAGACCACUUUGCUUCUGAAUAAAGACAACUCCUCCUCCCCGCC